AGCUUUCUGGCUCCGGGUCCGCGCCCGAUGCCGGCCCCCGCGGGCCCGGCCUCGGCCCCGGCCAUGGCCCCGGCCCUGCAGGGCGGCCGGCUCCCUGCCGGGCGGGCGCCGUCCAGGACCCGCGCGAGGCUGCGGCGCACCGCGCGGCGCGGCACGCUGGUCGCGUUGCUGGCCUUCGCGGCCUUCAGAGAAGAGCGCGCCCUGCGGCCGGCCUUCUUCGGGGAGCCCAUGCCCCAGCCGCACGCGACGAGCAGAGAGCCCCCGCCGAGGCGCCCGUGGCCGCGGACUGCGCCGGGUGGUUCUCUCAGUGCCUGGGAAGUCCUCGAGGUGACCCCAGGUGCUGCAAAAGAGGACAUCAAAGUCGCCUAUCUGCAGAAGGCCAAGACGGAGCAUCCGGAUCGCAGGCCCGGAGACAAGGACGCCGUAGAGAAGUUCAUCCGCAUCAACGCCGCGUACAAGGAGCUCAUGGAGGGCCCCAGCAGCUCCCUGCUGCCCGACGCGGGCGGCGCCGCGGCGCCCGCGGCGCCGAAGUCCGCCAGCGCCGGGGCGGUGGACGACGACGAGGGUAACGUCUACUUGGCGGGCGUUGCCUCGAGCUUCGUGGUCGUGCUCUACUUCGGGCUGUUCGAGAGCUCGGAACGCCUGCCCCUGGCGGCUUACAUUUUAUCAAUAUGGCUCGCUGUCUUGGCGCUGAUCCCUUCAAAGAAGACGACAUGAUCCUGGCAGAAGUCCGACAUCGCCUUCGCUGUAGACGCAAACACCGCGUGACGGGCACUUCAACGAAUUUGCGGAGACCGCCGCGCUCAGUGAGGGUUCGGAUUUCGCGCAAGCUUUGCGGUGAUUUUUCCGUGUGGAAUUCGCUUGCAGAGUGGCUUUUGAGUUUCUGAGCAGUGCGAUGGUCGCUGUCAGCUCAAUGCUAGUGCCCGCCAAGGCGGAUGGAACAGGGAGGAAGAGGAGGACGCUUGCCCCCCAUUCUCCGAGAGUC